AUGAAGGAGACUUCGCUGUCGGCGCAGUUGGAGGAGCUGAAGGCGACGAUGGCCAGGGUGACGCCCGAGGCCGUGGGGCGCGUCUUGGCUCCGCUGGGUCUGGUCUGCCGCAAGCUCACCCACUUCGCCGACAGCCUGGGCGUCAUCAACCCCAUCUUCUUCGUCCAAGCCGCACCACCCCCCGGAGAAGAAAAAGAAGAAGAAGCUGAGGCGGUGGAGCUGGUGCUCCGGGUAUCGAACCCGCAUCCGUUCUGGCGCGGCAGAAAGACCGAACACGAGGUCGCGGUGAUGGAGUUCGUGCGGGCGCACGGCCGACCCGACGUGCUUCCGGUGCCCCGGGUGAUCGCCUACGCCAGCGACGCCGCGCAGUCGCCGCUGGGCACCGAGUUCGUGCUCAUGGAGAAGGCCCCUGGCCAGAACCUGGACGACCUGUGGCCCACACUUGAUGCGGAGGCCAAGAGAGACUACAUGGUGCAGUUGGUCCAGUUCAUGGCCGAGCUGCGUCGCAUAUCCGCCUUUCUGCCCAACAGGGGAAUGGGGGGCUUCAACCGUGAGAUGGAGCUCGUGGAGCUCGUGCAGGACGGACCCCUGAUCGGCCCCUUCACCAGCUUCGCCGACAGCGUCGAACACCACCUCCGCUGGGCCAUGGAGAUGAUCGGCGACACGCUGGCCUCGCGACAGGAGCUGGUGCACGAACUGCGGGAGCUGGUGCCCGAGUGGAUGGACACGGUGCUGGCGCGCUAUCGAGCCCUCGCGAGCAGCUGCGAAGAGGAGGAAUUCGGGCUGUGCCACAAUGACCUCAACUUCUCCAACCUGCUGGUCGACCACGAACGACGUAAGAUCGUGGCCGUGCUCGACUGGGAGAAGUCCAAGUGCUCCGUCUAUGACGACGAAUUGCGAGGAGUUGAAGAAUCGAUCGAAGAUGAAGAGCCAACAUUGGCCGCGCUGCAUGAAGCUAUGGCCGCGCUUGGCGUGAGCAGGCCCAGCGGCUACGAUCACAGGAAGGCCCUCAUCAAGCCGGACGCCAAGGACCUGGCCGACGAAGAGCUCGACUACUUCGUGGCGCACGCCCAGGACGCCAAAGAGGCGCUCGUUGCCCAGCUGGCGGCCUUCAAGAGUACUCUUGUCCCACAGCCAACAAUGGGCAACGUCGUUGAAUAA